AACAUCAAUAAGACGUAGUUUCAGAGGCCCUUAACGCCCAACAACAACAAUAACAAGACAUUAAGACUGUUUUUCCUGCUUGUCACACCAACAAUAGCAAUAAAUCAAUGGUUUUUCACCAUGUAUCACUGAUCCACUGAACUCAUCAGAGUAGUAGAUGGCCUCCUCCUAGAUGGUCAGGCCUGCAGUUGUGCGGCUGUUUAACCAGAUCAUCUUUGCAUCAGAAAAUUUUCAUAUUUGAAACACUCAAUACUAUAAGGUUCAUGUGAGUAUCAGAAGCACAUCAUACAGUGUCAACAUGAGUUAUAUAAACUAUAAAAGCAUUAUCGUCAUCUUUACUUUUCCUCAGUAUCCUGACGUCCUGACUAAUACAUCUGCACUCUGAGAUAUAAGAUCAAUCCAUUCAUUAAAAUAUUGUUAUAUUUUAGUUCAGUACUCAGUAUAUAUAUUAUCAUUAUCUUAUGAUUGACCCGUGAUGAAAGAAAUGUUAAUAUUAAAAAAUCUAGAAAUACUUUGGCUAACACUAUUAUGCAGUGUGAACGAGUAGUCUUGUGGUCGCUUUUUAUGGUGGUACCUUGUUCAUGGUGGUACCUUUUUUAUGGUGGUACCAUUCUUAUGGUGGUACCUUGUUCAUAGUGGUACCUUUUCUGGUAGUGUUAAUUUUGUAACUGAUAGUUGUAGUAGGACUUUUUAUAAUUAUUAUUUGAAAGAUAAGUAAAUACUAAAGCUAGAAGUAUCAUAUAGUGCUGACACUUUUUAUAAGCUUUCAUUUAGGUGUAUUAGUCUUGUUUAUACAUCUGUGUAAUCAAUUAAGUCAAACAUCAAUAACCAACAAAUGUAUAAACAUUGUCAAUAAAAAGUGUAUUAAUCACAUAUUAUUUUUACAACAGUAAGUUACUUUUUUUACUUAAGCCAUUUAACUAUUCAUUGCCAAAUAGAGAGUAUAUAAUUAAAAGUUGUAUGUCCCUCACAUGUGUUUUACAAAGCAAAUAUUAUAUUUAUUGUAAGAUAAUGUAGCAGCAGUUUGUGCUUGUAAGUUCCAUCUUUGUCACUGAUAAUGUUGCAAAACAUUUUUGCACAACUCUUAAUAAUUGCUUGACGCAUUUCUUCCGCUGCAAAACAAAAAACGGUUGACUGCAAAACGACAUGUAGUAUUUUGAUGUUACAGACUAAAUAGGCUUUCUUUUUAUUUAUGCAUCACUGUAUGUUGUAUAAUAACUGAGAUGCAGUCUUAAUGCCAUAACAUACAAGUAAAAAGCUUCCAUGGACAAAAUGUAAAAUUUUUGGUAAUAUUAAUUCAAGAUAACCUUGAAAUAAAUCAUACAAACAAGGGCAAUAUUUUUGAGGGUUCAUAACAAACUUUUAUUUAAAUUCAUAUAUGUAGUAAAAUGUUAGUAGACAACAGUGGAGAAAAAACGCUUACGUUUGUGUCCAUAAUUUUUUUUUAAUUAAUCUUGUUAACAUAUUGAUGAUAAAAAAAAUCAGUGUCACUGUUCAGUGUCAUAAAGACUAAAAAAAACUUUCCCUGUAAGACAUAAUAUUAAGACUAUUAAUGUUCAGAAGAGUUGUCAUUAAGAGUGUCCUCACAAGAAGGGUUUGUAGUCUUAAGAAUCAGAAAAUAAAAAAAAAUUGUGCUGAUGUGUGUGCAGGGUUACUGUAUUCAUAAUUAAAUUACCAGUGAUCUAAUAUUCCAUAACCUGUAAAAAUAAGUAAUAAAUAUAUGUAUUUGAGUAAUAUGAAAAACAAAUUAUGGGCUUAUACUUACCUACGAAGUAUUUUCAAUUUUUAGUGCUAAUGUCAAAACACCUGUUGCGGUAAUGCAAAUGAUAGUUAAUAAGGAAGACAAUCCUCUACAAUGUUCAGAAUGUUUAAAAGACUUUUCGAGUAAAUGUUCUCUGUUAACGCAUCUGAGAACUCAUAUAGUGAAGAAACGAUGUCAGUGUUUAGUGUGUUUGAAAGAUUUUUCAAAAAACUCGGAGCUAGUGAAGCACAUGAGAACUCACACUGGAGAGAGACCAUAUCAGUGUUCCCAGUGUCUAAGAAAAUUUUCAACAAAAUCUAUUCAAGUGAAACACAUGAAAACUCACACAGGGGAGAAACCAUUCCAGUGUUCAGAGUGUCUGAGAGAUUUUAAAGAAAAAUCUAAUUUAGAGAUACACAUGAAAACUCACACAGGGGAGAAACCAUUCCAGUGUUCAGAGUGUCUGAAACAUUUUGCCAGAAAAUCUUAUUUAGUAAAACAUGCAAGAAUUCACACGGGGGAGAAACCAUAUCAAUGUUCGGAAUGUCUAAAAGAUUUUGCAAGAAAAUGUUAUCUAGUGAGGCACAUGAUAACUCACACGGGAAACAAGCCGCAUCAAUGUUCAGAGUGUCUAAAAGUUUUUUCAACAACAUCUCAUUUAACAAUACACAUGAGAACUCAUACUGGAGAGAGUCCCUUUCAGUGUUCAGAAUGUCUAAAAGACUUUAAAGACAAAUCAAAUCUAGUGGCACAUAUAAGAACUCACACAGGGGAGAAACCAUAUCAGUGUUCCCAGUGUCUGAAUGAGUUUUCACAAAAGCUUCAGUUAAUGAAACACGCAAGAUCUCACAUUGGAAAGAAACCUUAUCAGUGUUCAAAGUGUCUAAAAGAUUUUAUAGGAAAAUCAAAUCUGGUAGCACACAUGAGGACUCAUGCAGAGGAAAAACCUUUAUCAUUGUUCAGAAUGAUCAAGAAUAAAUAACUCAGAUUUACUGCAACACAUGGUAACUCAGGGUUAAAACUAUAUUAGCCAUGCAUGUUGUGAGAGAUGACUAAAAUGCCUGGAGCAAGGGGUUAGUAACCCUUUCUCCUGUAUGAAUUACUAAACUUAAAAAGAGAAACUUUCGUUUUUCUUUUUGGUCACCUUGCCUCGGUGGGAUACGGCCGGUACGUUGAAAGAAAGAACAAUAACAAUUUUGUAAAGUAUAAGGACACAAGUGCAACUAAUGUGACAUUUUAUUGUGGCAACCCUUUGCUCUCCAGGAGCUUUUCAAGCUGUUACAAACAAUACAU